UAUGAUUCCAAGAUCUACAACAAAAGGUUAAUUUUCUGUUGUUUUAGAAACUCCAAAACAUAAUAAAUUUAAUUUACUAUUAGGAGCUUCCUAUACAGAAUGUACGGUAGGCUUUUUUAAUGAAAAUUGUGGUGGCAUGAAAUUUUAUGGAAGCACAAACGCCUAAUCCAUCUAUAUCAAUUAAUUGGCAGAAAGAAAAUACACUUUUUUUGUUGCUUUUGACCCAAUAGAUCCUAAUCUCAAAGAUUUAAAUAUUAAAAAAUAACAAGGGCAUUCUAUUGAUACAUCAACUAUUGAUAACUAUCCUAUUUUUAAAGAAAUUAAACCUAUUGUUACACUCUAUGCCUCUGAAUAAGAAAGGCCCAUUAUAAGAUACUAAUUACCAUAACUUAAUAAUCUAAAAAAUGAACCUAAUCUAACUUGGCUAGUUCUUUGUGUCGAUGGAAGUAUAGGUGACAUAUCAUAAAAAUCACCAGCAUAAUUUUGGACAUAUUAAACUAAUCCAAAUAAAUUAUAAAGGCCAAAUAAUUCUAAAGAUAUUUACCCUUAGGUAUGCAGCAAUAUAUGA